AUGUCCCGAUACUUUCCUACACCGACCAGGGCUAAGCCUCGUAUCAACCCACUUAUUAAGCUCUUCGUAUGGCGAUGCUCCAAUGACGGAUGUAAAUAUGUCAAUGACACAUUGGCAAGUGAAAGGGGCUACGUCCGAAUGAUCUCGACUGGCGAAGAACUUCCGGAGCCCAUGUGGUACGGAGAAAAAUGCGAAAUGUGCCGCCAGAAAGCAGGUAAAGAGUGCUUGCUUCUGCAAGUCAAGCUUCUAACACCCUCUCAGCCUGUGAGUGAAGCGAAGGGCAACGACAAAGCUGUGGUAGACGAAGAUGUUGAGAAUGAGGGUUGA